GAUCAAAAAUGUUCUUGAAGUGCUGGAUUAUUUUCUCGACUGCAGUCCUGCUUUCGGCUGAACGGAUCACCCAACCGGAACAACGGAUUGUAGGAGGACAUCGACUGUCCAUUGCGGAGGCUCCUUGGCAACUGGGGGAAGAUAUGAAGACAAUUCCCCUGGCUAAGAAUACAGCAAGGCCUGGGACCAAAGCCUUCGUGAGUGGUUGGGGAAAAUGAUAUUUUCUUUCACGAGGUGUAGAGGUGCCGCAGCGCCAGGAAGAGAUGCGUGCAAGGGCGACUCCGGCGGUCCUUUGGUGGAUAUCGAAAAUGGCCAUCUUAGCGGCAUCGUUUCAUGGGGCAGCGGCUAUGCCGAUCCCAGAUAUCCGGGAAUCUAUGCGGAUGUGGCUUUCUUCAAGGACUGGAUCGGUGAAGUUAUCUCCAAUUCAUCACUCUUUCUUUCUGAUAAUCGAUCCAUGAAAUAAUUGUGUUGCAAAGGCGGCUUUAUAGUAUUUGAAUAAAUAUUUUAUAGACAUA